ACACUUGAUAUUUUUAUUUCCCCAGAUAGCUGCUGUGGACAGUUGUGUUCAUCACUUUAUGUAUACCUAGUGGCUUUCAUUCUGCUGGAUCCCAAAGCACUUUAGCAUAAUGCAGAUUCCUUUGAGGUGGAGCUUGUUAAACAACUGACCACAGAAUAGGAGUAAAGUUGGCAGUUACUUAAGGAAUCAAAGAUGGCAUUCUACUUAGCACAAGAAGUUCAGCUUGCUAGAAGACAUGACAAGAUACUGUCUCAGAGAUUGGUAUUGCUACAGCAGAUGGAGAAUCAUCUAGGAGACAAAAAGACUGAAAAGACAUCGCAAACACAAGCAGCUGAUGCAGCUUAUAAAAGAAAUGCAGCACUUUUAAAUGAUAUAGAAGCAGCAGAGAAGAGGCUGCAAGCAAGAGUACAUCGACAGCCACAUCCUGAUAUUGCUAAGCUUGAAAGAACAAGAACCAGCGGAAAGCAUCCUGAACUGAGAAGGCAAAAGAGGCCAUGUCACUUCCUGCACCGCUGUAACCCAGUGUGGACCAGAGAAGCCUCGGAGGAACUUGGGAGAGCCCUAACCAAGCCAGGCGAGUGGGCAGCAUUGACAAAUGCAAGGUUCAGAGACACGGCUCAGCAGCACGCUCACAAAGUAACAGCCUCAUUCAGCCAAUUAAACCCAGAGAGAACCAGAUGUACAAAGGCGGAACUGCGCUGUGCAGCUUAUCUACAUGCACCCACAGCAGCUGUCACUUUUGUCGAGCAAGUUAAUCAAGCAAAUGCCACCAUAUCCCACUUUCUAUAAGGAACAACAUGUUAUAGACAGUAGUCUUGGGAGAGAGAGAAGGAGAGAGACUUUAUUUUAACUUUGAUUAGCUUGAAUUUUUGUGUGUGUGUGUAUGUGCACAUUUUUCAACCAACUGCACAAGCCACACUUUUGUCUUCACUCAGCACAAAUAUUUAAAUAUUAUUUUAAGUGUAAUUUGCACUAUUGGGAGGGCUGUCCAGUUUUAAUUAAAUUUAAAGGACUUAGAGACAGGGUUCAAGAAAAAGAGAAGUGGAAGCUUUUUGUGUGUGUUAAUGCUUGUUGAUAAUAAUAUAUUGAUUGUCAAUCUCUAAGCCAAAAAGAUUAGUGUAGGAAAUACUAUUAUCUGGAUGCCACAAGUGAAGUGCUAGCUUCAUUUCCCCCUGCUUUUUCUUUGUAAAUCAGUUUGAAUCCCUGGUUGUUAUUUAUCCAUUUUCUUUGAUAAAAGCUACCUACAAUUGUGUGGCUGAUUUUUUUUUAACCCCCUGCCUCAUUAAGUACAUAAUAGCAUUUAUGUGUGGGUCUUUCUGCUCUUUAGCCUUUCAGGCUUAUGCUUAUAUUCCUUGAUUACAACCAAGUUUCAAAACUUCUGAAGUUCACAAACAAUUGGAUAUACAGCAAUAUUGUAUAUAUCAAAUUCUCCACUACUAUCACCACAGGCUAUAAAAUCACAGGCACUAUUGAGAAAGAAUAUAUAAAUAGCUGUCUUUCUGUUCUACCACCAUGGACCAUACAAUAAGAAUAUCUGAUCUCCGAGUAACUAAAUAUUCUACAGAGCACUUAAAAAGGUGGCUGUCUUUCUGUAUACCACCACAGACCACACAAUAACAAAGCAUAACCGAAAGAGUAUGCAGAGACAGCUGUCUUUCUAUUAUAAAACACAUUAUUUUAUAGCUCACACUAUUCUUUUCUGCGUUGUUUCUUUCAAAAUAUAAAAGUUGAUAACUGGGUUUUUUUUGGUAAAAAUUUGUGAUGCGCUAGCUUACCUUCCAGUAAGGAUUUCCAGCUGGGUUAUUCAGAAACAGAAUACACAUUUCAGAAAUAUUUCGGGUACAUGCCCUAUUUAAGAAACGUAGAACAGCAAACAGAACCUUGCUCACAAGAGUAAGGACUUCAGUAAGUAAAGAUUUUGUAGGAUAGGGUCCUAUGUUAGUGGGAAUAUAAUAAGCAAUAUGCCUUCAAUUAUGUUUUGCUAACAUUCAGCUCAGUAAGUGCUAAAUGGUAGUGCUAUGUUUUUAUUUAUUACUAUUCUAUUGUUAAAGCACCACAGACAUCUAUGGUACAGCAUAAGCAAUAUGAACCCUGGUUUAAAUAAGUGACUGAAGUGUUUUGCUAAGACUACAGAUUUACAUUUCAGCAAAGAUUUUUUUUAAAUACUACUAUAAUGAUUUCACUGCAGAUACAUUUAGAGUAGUUCCUACAACCCUGCUGCUCUGUAACUUCUGAUUGUUUUCCCCCCUGUAUUAUUCCUUGGCUGUGAAAUCUCAUUCACAUUGAAAGCUUAACUAUGUGGGCAGGGUAUAAAGUCAAAGGGGAUUGAUAUUAAAAUCAUUUGUAUUAUUAUUUAAUAAUACCACAGUGUCAGCUUUACAUAAUAGGAUCAAGCCACUACCCUGAACUAUUAAUCAUCUGUCUAGGAUGUAAAUGGCAUUGAAUUACAUCAUAUUUUUCAAAAGAAACCACAAAAACGUUCUUUGAAUCAUGUAAACGGAAUGCCUUAGACACAACAAGGAAGGAAAUUCAGAGUGAAAGCUGAAACUCACACACAGUUGUGUUUAAGUAUGGCAGGCUUUUUGCAGUACAUAUGGUAGCUAAGAUCACCCACUGUUUGAGGACCUCAGCAAAAGGGUGAGUUAAGGAUGGAGUUUCAUCCUUAAUUGGGUCUAAGUUUGAUUUGAAGGGGUCUCUUGCAUAUCAUUCCCAUCAGUGCUAAUGGAAGGUCCAUAUAGAACUUCCUGGUGUCUCUAGCAAACGGACUUGUUGGUUGUAAAUCGUUGGUUGUAAAUGGUUAUGAGAUUAGACAUGCAAUUCCCACUAUUAUUAAUGGAAAAAGAUGCCUCUAAUCUGGAGUUUUUUUUGCUUUGCAUUUUGUAUGCAUCUAU